GACCGCCGGUGCCCACUCGAAGUUUUCCACGUGGGAAGACAGUGAAAUCUCUAGCGGAACCUCUAUCCUGAGCCGCGAAGAUCAAAUCGACUACCACUAUGGAUCAGAUUCUAUUCGACACAUUUAUCGAACAGGUCGCAUUAGGGCGUAGAGCUGAUAACGGUUUCAAGCGGGAGGCAUAACAAAUUGCGGCUGAAGAAGUUACGAAGCAUACUAACGUAGCCAUCAAGUGGCAAAACAUGUCGAAUCGGUUGAGAUAUUACAAAAGAGAUUAUAAUGCAGUGAAAGACAUGCUGGCGGCGAGGAGGUUUGGUUGGGACAAUGAGAGGAUGGUGGUCACGGCUCCGGAUGAAGUCUGGGAGGAGUAUCUUAGGAUGGGUAAAGAUAAGUACUAUGUUGUGCUUGUUAGAUGUCAUCCAGGAAUAUAUGUCACAUGGGACGAUGCCCGAGUAGAGGUGGAGGGCUUCAGUGGGGGCAGACACCGAGCCUUUCGGAAUUGGAACGAGGCUAUGGCUUGCUGGAAAAAUUAUUUCGGUAAGGCAAGUCAACCAUCCAGACCUCUCACAGAGUCUCCAUAUGUUGAGGUUGCUGCUACAUCUGCGGUGAUGAACAUUUAUGACACUACGACCUCGUCUAUCCGGUAGGUGUCCCAGACCAACAAGGAAGUGGUGGAGAAGUCCACGUCGACUGCUGAUCUUGCCCCAUUAGAUGGCGAGAGAGUCGUCGCCAUUUUGGUUAGCGUGUUGGUUAUUUUUUUUUGCGUUGCUUAUAAUUUUAAAAUUUUAGAUAGUAUUGGUGUUGUAACUUUGAGGAUAUUUCUGUUGGAUAUUUGGGUUUUUUGUGGUCUUUGACCUUGGGUUCAAUCUGUUGCAAAAUGUUUUUAAUGAUGGAUGCUCAUUCAACACUAUAUACUGUAAUCCGGUCAAAAUGUG